UUUGGAGAAUUCUGGCUGCCCAUUUUCUUAUUUUGUUUGCGAAGCGUUCUGUGAUCAGCUGUGAAAUUUUCUGCAAUUUUCUCUAACAAAUCGAAGAUCUAGAACCACCUCGAACGACGCUAUGUACGGUUCCAGAGGGGCAAUGUUGGGAAGAGGGGGGGUUUCGGACGGGUACGAGGUCGGCACAAAGAGACAAAGAAUGAUGGGAUCAACUCCCUACUUCGCAGUGAACAGCGGCAUGGGUGGCUAUCAACCUUACGGUUAUGGUGGUGGUUACCAGCCACCUGCCUUUCCCGUGGUCCGUCUGAGGGGUCUUCCUUUCAACUGCACUGAUAUCGACAUUUUCAAAUUCUUUGCCGGACUGGACAUUGUCGACGUUUUGCUGGUCAACAAGAAUGGAAGGUUCUCUGGAGAGGCCUUUGUCGUAUUUGCCUCGUCCAUGCAGGUGGAGUUUGCUUUGCAAAGAGAUCGACAAAACAUGGGACGCCGCUACGUGGAAGUUUUCCGGUGCAAGAGGCAGGACUAUUACCAUGCCGUGGCUGUGGAGGUGAAUUAUGAAGGAAUCUACGACAGUGAUUUCCACGGAAGCCCCCCACCGUCUCGAGCAAAAAGAUUCAACGAUAAGGACCAGAUGGAGUACACAGAGUUACUCAAGCUGCGCGGUCUUCCCUUCUCGGUGAAGAAAUCCGAAAUCAUUGAAUUCUUCGGAGAUUUCAAGAUCAUCGAGGGUCGGAUACAAAUCGCAUACCGCCCCGACGGAAAAGCUACUGGAGAGGCAUAUGUGGAGUUUGCUUCUGUUGAUGAGGCAAAAAGAGCCAUGUGCAAGGAUAAGAUGACAAUAGGGUCUCGGUAUGUGGAAUUGUUUCCCUCAACACCGGACGAAGCUCGGCGUGAAUCUAGAUCGAGGCAGUGAAGAGGUGUGGCAUUCUAGCCAGAGAUGCAAGUCCCCCAGAUUUAGAGGGGUGGUCUUCCUACCUGUGUCUCCUCAUAUAUCAUCUCCUAAUCCCCCAUUAGGUUAAAUAUGAUUAGUAUGUUGAUGUACUUUCUUAGAUAUUUGAACUUAGAUAUUUGAAUUUUUGGUUUUAAGGAUAUAAAAAGUAUUCUUAUCUUUGAAAUACUUUAUUUAUUUAUUGUAUAAUUAUUCUUUUUGAUAAA